CCCCAAUGAUGGCUGCCCUACCAUCGUGUCGAACAGACUCGUUCAUAUACCCUUUCACCCAUACGGGAGUAGACUACUUUGGCCCUUUCGAAGUAGCGGUAAACCGAUCAAGGGAAAAACGAUGGGGUGCAAUAUUUACCUGCAUGUCAACAAGAGCCGUCCAUAUUGAGCUAGCAGCUAAGCUCGAUACCGACGCCUUUUUGUUGUGCUUCAUGAACCUCCAAAACCGCAGAGGAAAGGUGUCACAUCUUUAUAGCGACAAUGGAACAAAUUUUGUCGGAGCAGAAAGAGAACUACGAGAGCUACUCGAAGAAGUGAAUAAGAAAAUGACAAGCGGGCAAGCCAUCAAGUUAGAACUAUCAUGGCACUUCAAUCCACCAAGAGCUCCACACUUCGGAGGAGCUUGGGAAAGAUUAAUUCGGAUCAUCAAAGAUAAUCUGAAGGAAAUGAUUGGAUCACGGCAAAACCGAUCACCUCCUACUGCGGAAGUACUACGAGGAGCCUUGAUACAAGCAGAAUACUUCUUAAAUUCUCGCCCACUAACGAAUAUACCAUUAGACAGUGAGGACGACGAGGUAAUAACUCCCUUCCACAUACUAAUUGGUCGAUCAGGGAGAUUCGCAUUACCAUUCUCCUUUAAGACCAACGAUUUGGAAAGAAAACACUGGAGACUCGCUAUACAUUACGGUAAAUACUUCUGGAGGCGAUGGCAUAACGAAUAUCUACCGCUUAUAGCUCAACGCCCUAAAUGGAACAAAAAGGUUGAACCAAUACGAGUCAACGACAUCGUAGUCAUAGCAGAUAACGACAAUGAACGGGGUCAGUGGCUGAAAGGACGAGUAAUCGAGAUAAUGGAAGCAAGAGACAAGCAAGUGAGGUCGGUAAAGAUUAAGACUUCGAACGGAAUCUACCAUCGAGCCGCCACUAGCGUCGCAGUGCUUGAUGUCUACAACCGCGAUGAAACGAAAAUGCAAACACCGACCACGACAACGACGACGCAUACCUCGGAAUCCAGUGCACCAUCAGCGGUGCAGGCAACAACGAAGCAGAUGGAGUUCAACAAAGUAGCAGCAGCGGCCACGACGACGCAGACUUCGGGAUCCAGCGCAUCUUCAAUAGUGCAGGCAACGCCGACGCAGACAGAGUUCAACGAGACAUCAGUGGGGACAACGACGGUGCAGACAACAGAACACAGCGAAAUAGAAACGGAAGAAACAACGACGAUAACAAAAUCAGCGACGAAGAAGACGAAAAGAGAUACCGAAAACGUUGACGCAUCCAUAACAACAUUGAAUGACGACCGCAAAACUCAGAAUCAUCGAAAAAAUCAAGAAGAAAAGUAAAAAAGAGAAUCGCACCAUGUACAUGGGCGCACUGUGGACUAACCGCUACGACCAAACACAUGAAGGUAACCACAGAUAAUAAAUUGAACAAAACGUUCAAGGAAGUAAACCGAAGAACCGACGGACACCGCGUAUUGAACAUCACACCAUGGACAAUA